AUGGCAGAUGUUCCUCCCCCUACCCCGUCCGAGCUUCUGAGGAUGGUGACCGAGCUUCAACAAGCAAACCAACGGAUGGCGGAGGACAAUCAGUGCAUGCAAAAUCAAAUCGCGCAACUAGAACAUGCUCGUCUGGAGCAUAAUAACAACAACCGCGAACAGCACGGGAACGAUGAACGGCAGUCGCUGCCAACUCACGUCUCUGACACACCACAGUAUAGGAAUGACGAAGAGCAACAGAAUGAAGAGACCCAACCUGAAGAUGAGGGAGAAAACCCCGACAACUCUGUAAGACCGUUCACAGCCGAGAUAAUGAACUUCCAGCUACCCAGACAGUUCACUUUACCGACCACAUUAACCCCAUAUGACGGGCUGGGAGAUCCUAAACAACAUGUUAAAAAAUUCCGAUCAAUCAUGAUUGUCAACGGUGCCUCUAAUGCUAUUUUAUGCCGAUGUUUUCCUUCUUUUUUAGAUGGUCCUGCACUUGACUGGUUUUGUUCUUUGCCUGCAGAUUCCAUCUCACGUUUCCAGGAGCUAGCCAAACAGUUUGAGGAUCAUUUUGCAGCCUCGGCGAUAUAUCUCCACGACUCUGACUACCUAACGACCAUCAAGCAGGGUCCACAGGAAAGUCUAAAGGAUUAUAUAACUCGGUUCACUAAGGUCGCCAUGAGUAUUCCGGACCUCCAUCCUGAAGUGCAUCUUCACGCCAUUAAAAGUGGCCUUCGUCCAGGAAAAUUCCAGGAAACUAUCGCGGUAGCUAAGCCAAAAACUCUAGCCGAGUUCUGCGAAAAAGCCAAGGGACAGAUAGAUAUCGAAGAGCUUCGCCAGGCACGGAAGUCAGAGAAGUCCGUCCCUAAAGAUGACGAAAGAGCUCGGGAUACCAAGAAGGGUUUCAAACCGGUCCCCCGUUACGAAUCAUAUACCCAGUUUAAUACCAAGAGGGAUGAUAUCAUUAAGGAAAUUCUGAAUUCAAAAUUGAUUAAACCUCCCCGCAAGGCGGAAAAUUACCCCGAGCCCAAAAACAUUGACAAAUCAAAAUAUUGCACCUUUCACCAGAAGCAUGGUCACACAACUGAUGAGUGUGUGAUUGCUAAGGACCUCCUGGAACGCUUGGCUCGACAAGGCCAUCUCGAUAAAUUCAUCGCAGGUCAUAUGCAGAAAAGAACGGUAUCCAACUCAGAACAACCCUCAACAGGCCAGUCAUCAAAAGAAAAGGAUAAGGCCCCAGCUCAACCACGGGGAGUAAUCAAUUGUAUUUCAGGAGGCUAUGCCGGUGGGGGAAGUACCAGCUCAGCCAGAAAACGAACGUACCGAGCUAUGUUAACGGUCGGAGACGUUGACCAAAGCUCGGAACCAAUCCCAGACAUUCCCGAGCUGACAUUUCGUCCUACCGACUUCAAUUCCAGACACACAAACUACGACGACCCUGUAGUCGUCUCUAUCCAACUAGGAGACCUUAUUGUUCGGAAAGCAUUGCUUGAUCCAGGGAGUAGUGCUGAUGUACUUUUUUUUGCAACAUUUCAAAAAAUGAAAUUGAGUACUAACAUUUUGCAGCCAUAUUCAGGAGACCUGGUCGGAUUCUCAGGAGAGCGAGUCCCCGUCCUAGGGUCUGCAUGGUUGCAGACUACACUAGGCGAACAGCCAUUAUCUAGAACACAGGACAUUCAGUACCUCAUCGUAGACUGUUUCAACCCUUAUAAUGUUAUCUUAGGGAGACCUUUUUUAAACAAAUUUGCUGCUAUUGUUUCUACAUAUCACCUCUGUGUCAAGUUUCCUGUGCAGGAUAAUAGGGUUGCAACCAUACAUGGCGACCUCCAAGAAGCUCGGCAAUGCUACAACAUAAGUCUGAAACCUAUCAAGAGAAACACCGAAACUCGGAUCAACUCAAUACAAUCCGAGCAACCAAUCUUGGCAGAAUUAGACCCAAGGGCCGACUUUCAGGAACGUCCCAUGCCUAAUGAAGAUCUUCAAAAGGUCGCCUUAACCGACGAUCCAUCAAAGUUCACAUUCAUCGGAACAUCAAUGGACGACGAGGCUAGGAUAAAGGUGACUAAUUUCUUACAUGCAAACGCCGACCUCUUCGCAUGGACUUCAGGAGACAUGCCGGGGGAUUAG